AUGGUUCACCAUAAGGAUGAGGCUGAUGAUGAGCAACAGUUGAUGCUGAAGCACGUGCAGGAAUUUGAGCAAUGGAUAAAAGAGCAUCCGCAAUUACCACACAAUAUACCAUGCACUUUGCUGCGGCGUUUUCUGCACACCACACGCUGCGAUCUUGGAGCAGCGCAGCGUCUGCUGGAGCUCAACUAUGCGCUGCGCAAUAAACAUGCGCAAAUCUUUAUACAACGCGAUCCCAUGGACGCCAGUUCGCAGCAGCUGUUGCAAGUAGCCGAUCUGUUGCCGCUGCCUGGACUCACGCCGGAGCACCACAAGCUGCUGUUUUAUCGCUUGAUUGACUUUGAUGCGGACAAGUUCAACUUUACGGCCAGCAUCAAGGUCUUCUUUAUGGUCGCCGAUUGUCGCUUCGCCACGGAGCAGGAGGCGCGUCUAAGCGAUGGCGAAAUACCCAUUUUCGAUAUGGCCGGCUAUACGCUGCGUCAUCUGACGCGCACAUCGCUGCAGGCGCUGCGUGUUUAUAUGAAAUUUGUGCAGGAGGCGCAUCCGGUGCGGCUCAAGGCCAUACACGUGCUCAAUUGUCCCUCGUUUCUGGACAAAGUGUUGACUGUCGUCAAGCCGUUCAUCAAGAGCGAAGUCUUCAAGCUUAUACAUUUUCAUUUGCCCAAUGCCGAGACGCCGUUCAAGCAUUUUCCACGCUCAAUGCUGCCCCAAGAGUACGGCGGACAGGCGGGCGCAAUGUCGGAGCUGAAAGCGCAUUGGCUGCAGCUGCUGCAGCAGCAACGCGACUAUCUGAUGAAUCCUUUAAAUUGGCAGCUCAACAAGUGCAGCAAAAAAUCCUCCAGCGCCAGUUGCAGCUCCCAGUCGCCUGCACAAAGCUUAAAGACGCUUGAAAUUGAUUACUCAGCUGACAGUGCCAGAGAUUGCAAGAGAGUGAGCGCAAUAAAGCGUAAGAGAGAGAGAGAGAGAGGGAGAGAG